GCGGGCCCCCAUGCUGGCCCAGGCGUUAGACGAGGCCCUUCAGCCUGCCCUGCGGUACGUGAACUACAAAAAGCUGAGGGUGUUCUCGGGCGGCGAUCCUCCAGGACCCGAAGAAGAAAACUUUGAAUCCUGGCUGUUCCAUACCACCCAAAUGAUGAAGACCUGGCAGGUGUCGGAUGCCGAGAAGAGAAGGCGGUUGCUAGAGAGCCUUAGAAGCCCAGCCUCUGAUGUCAUCCGUGUCCUCAAGAUAAGCAACCCUUUAAUUACGGUCCCCGAAUGCCUGAAGGCUCUUGAGCAGGUUUUUGGGGUUAUUGAUAAUCCUAGGGAGUUGCAGGUCCGAUACCUGAGGACUUACCAGAAGGAUGGAGAAAAGUUGUCCGCUUACAUACUCAGGUUGGAGCCUCUGUUACAGAAACUGGUGGAGAGAGGAGCAAUGGAGAGAGAAGUUGUGAAUCAGGCCCGACUCGACCAGAUCCUGGCCGGAGCAGGGGACAAAACACUGCGCCGGCGGCUCCCUCUGCCCGAGGAUGGCUCAGCCCCUGGCUUGUUGGAGCUACUGGAGCUGGUAAAGGGUGAAGAGGCGACGGAGGCAGAGGAGGAGGAGGCCCUUCUCCAGGCAGAAUUAUUAGAGGGACAUUUCACCUGAAUCUUAGGGAACCAGAAAGGGUCAGUGACAGUGAGCAGAGCAUGGAGGUAGAAUAAUCCAUACACUACAGUGGUAGACAUUCACCAAGCCCUACCUUGUGAUACCAAGUAACUCAUGUUUGCACAGUUCUCAGUACAAAUCCAUUGUCAUUUGUGUGCCUCCUUAAGGUCUCCUAAGUGUAUCAUUGACUAGGAAGACUGUAGUUCUGCACUGGUAUUUAUAUAUUUAAAUUCAUUCUGGUGAGUUUUUUAUCAUACAAAACUGUACAAUAGUCUGUCACUGCAUAUGUGCACUGCUCAAAACUACCAAGUUCUAUCACUGCAUAUGUGCACUGCUCAAAACUACCAAGUUCUAUCACUGCAUAUGUGCACUGCUCAAAACUACCAAGUUCUAUCACUGCAUAUGUGCACUGCUCAAAACUACAAAGGUCUGUCACUGCAUAUGUGCACUGCUCAAAACUACAAAGUUCUAUCACUGCAUAUGUGCACUGCUCAAAACUACAAAGUUCUAUCACUGCAUAUGUGCACUGCUCUGAGAGGAAGGCAGGGGUAAGACCUGAUCUUACGGAGAUGUCAGCUUGUGUGGUAGCAGGUGCAAGUGUAGCAUGUCAAAUGUGAUUAUGUAUCAGCUUGUAGUGUCUGUUGCCCUCCAUUUAUCAUGAUUGUGAACAGUGGUUAAGAUACUUUCUGUGUGAACCAGAAUUUUGUUGAUUCUGUGCAAUCAAAACAAGAGACAGAACUAAAUGCUGAGGUUAACUUUGCAGCUUCCAUCUCUAACCUCAGGUUCCUGAUGUGCAUCGUCAUACAUCUACUUCUGAAUAUCAUUUUAAUAGGUAUUAUAAAAUUAUAAGUAUGACCUUAUAAAAUAAAGGAAUGCUGGUAAAAUGA